AUGCCGCGCCCAGAAGGCCGAGAGGGAUUUUAUGGAGUCCACGCCGAAAAAAGGCCAAUUGUUACUGAAGUAUUGACUGGUCUGUUUAUCUUCCAGCUGGCAGGAUUGGCUGUCAUUGCCUUUGGUCUAUGGCUGCGGUUUGGUGGGGUUAUGGCAGACUUUGCUUCAGACAAAAAGUCUCCAGAGUAUUUCUUCAUGGGACUCUAUGUAUUGGUGGGAGCAGGGGCUCUCAUGACCACAGUUGGAUUUUUUGGGUGCUGUGGAGCAGCGCGGGAAUCUCAGUGCUUACUUGGAGCAUUCUUUGCUUGCUUGUUGGUGAUAUUUGCAGCUGAGGUUACUGCUGGAGUGUUUGCCUUUAUAGGCAAGAAAGUGGCAAUACAGGAAGCCCAGAAAAUCUAUGAAGACAUUUAUGAUGACUAUAUGAAAAACCCAGGGGGGAAGGUCAACAGGACUAUCUAUCACUACCACUUGGCUCUCCAAUGCUGUGGUAAAGAUAAUAUGGAACAACAAAUGGGAUUACCCUGUCCAGAGAAUAUCCAGAUGCCAAAGAACUGCCUGGUUGAAAUCCAGAAUGUAAUUGAUGCUAAUCUGCAUUUAGUUGGAAUUGUUGGAAUUGCAAUUGCUGGCAUCACAAUCUUUGGCAUGAUAUUCAGCAUGGUUCUGUGCUGUGUGAUCCGUAACACAAGAGACAUGAUCUAAAACUUUCACUGCACAACUAUGUCCCAGGAGUUCCAGACUAAGCUUUACAAGAAGUGCUCUUCUACCCAAUUUAAUAAUUGUAAUGCAUUUUAAUUAGUGUUUUAACAUACUGAGAGGAAAAUAUCCCAUUAGGUGAGCAGGUGAACUGUAUUAGUGACAGUAAAACCAAAGUGAACAAAAAAGGGUUUUAAAAUGUCCUUUUUAAUGAAAAAAGCAAAGGUGUAUUUAAGACUAAUUUGAUUUUUAAUGUUUGUAUCUGUGCAAGUAAGAGUUUACACAUCUAUAGAUAUUGUGUAAGCACAUGCAUAUCUCUCCUUACAAAUAUAUAUGCACAUGAGCAGGUACAUGUAUAUGCAGUACCUUGUUUAGGUAAGUAUGUGCAAAUGGAAUAUGUUGUGUGUGCAUGUUUGCAUGCAUAUUCUUUCAGAGUCUCACUAUGCAAGAGUGUACACACACCAAUAGGUAUACAGUGCUUGAAACCCUUUCGUAUUGAGCCCCUGUUUGCCAAGAAUUAGCAGAGGAACAAAUGCCAUUUUAAAAAGUAAGACCUAUGAUCCAUUUUGUAACUGUUCUCUCCAAAGCCCAAACAGAGUACAAUUAAUAAAAUUGGACUUUAUUAAAAAAAAUUUAACGCCUAAGGGCCUGCUCCAGCAAACUAAUUCAUGUGAGUAGACCCUUUGACUUCACUGUCCUGCAGAGACUGGAUUUUUUUUUUUUUUUUUUUUUUUUAGUACUGGACCCUUCGUGCAAAUGCAGAAAGAUCUGGGGGAGGAAACAUGUCCAAGGAGAUCCAGGCUAAAGGAAGAGGGGGAGAGAAGUGGGAAGCUAGCAAGAUAAUGCAGUCAUUUGGGAGCAAUUGCAGUGCAAAGUGUGCUUAAGCUUCCCAAGCUAGCCUGAAAUGCACAGACACACACACACAAAAUCUAUGAGUUAAAGGGGCCACUAAAAUCUUUAUUCAGAAGUUCCUUUAUCCUGCAAGACUCUCUAUGGUAUAUAUGCUGGUGCAGGAGUGGAGCCUAUAUCCAGAAAAGCAGCAGCUUUGUCAGAUACUCUGUAGAAUCUAAUUGGCCUGUGGAAGCCAACCGAAGAGUGAAAAUGGUCAGGGAAAGACACGCAGCACUUUAAUAUCCUCUGUUUCUGCUUCUGUGACUAUCACAGCUUCCAUGGGGCUCUUACCUCAACCUCUCACCCUUUCUUGUGGGUGUAAGGCAGGAAAGAAAGAUGGGACAUUUUUACAGAGCCAUAAAGUAAAUUUUCUUACUGGAACCUUUAGAUUGCAUGUCAGGUAUAAAAAUUACACUGUGUGCUUGAAAUACCUCAGGGCUUGCGUUUACAUAGUUUGUUUCUAUAUUUUUAUUUUUCUAUUUGUCAUAUUUAUUCGUAAGAGAAUGUUCCUUUUAAAACAGCCUAGAAGGGAGAAAGGUUGUCCCCAGAAGGGGAAAAUAAAUUACAUCAAAGGCUCAGAAUCUCUUUAAUUUUUGGCUUACUCGAAAUAAUUCACCAUUUCAGAGAACAGCUUUUUGCUAACAAUAUCCACAUAGCAGCUCUGUCUCUCUGAUGAUCACUAGUCAGAUUUCUGAUGCAGUUGUUCCAUAUGUGAUGGGGAAAAGUUCAGCUAAACUACAUAUCUCAUUAAUAUGGUCCAUGGUGUCUAACAGGACUUGGCAUUUACAAGUCAUGGGGUCUUUAUUCCACUGAAACAUGAUGGAAAGAAAUGGGAUUUCAUUCUAGCGCACGUUUGUGUGGAAUAUACAUUCCUCGUGACAUUUAUCUCUCAUUUCCCAAAGAAACUCAAACUCCCAUCGCUUUUCUGUUACUUCAGGAUUGGAAAUAAUAUUGCUGUUCCAUGUAUCCAAUUUAAUUGCCACAUCUUGCUGUCUUUUACAUAGAUCUCUUUUCAAAUUGUUCAACCACAAACUGUGACACAGACAGCUGUGCACUAAAUGCCGGGUAUGCAGCAGGCACUGCCAACUGAGCAGUUUCUGGGCCUAGCUUCAGGUACCCAGCUGACAGGGAGACAUUGUAUUGUAUGCCAAAAAAAGAGUUAGGCUUGUAUCACUCUGUUCACAGCUGAUUAGCUAUGGAUGCCAUGUAAAAGUAGGGCCUGGGACCUUAUUCUGCAAGCAUCAGACCAGGAAAUAGGGCCCCGAUCUGCUGUCUGCUCCUAAGAAAGGCUCAACUGGGAGAAUGACACUGGCAGCAAAUCCAUGAGGGUCCCAAGCUGAAACUAAGAAAGUAAGUUUCUCACAGCGGACAACUGACAUAGCCAAAGCAAUUUCCUGGAUCCCAAGUACACUUGAGACUGUCCCUACAACUGGUUCUCCUCUAAAUAGAUAAUGGGAUAGUGUAAAACCAGGGUGUUUUCUCCCAACGUAAUACUGACAGAAAGAAGAAACCUGUGUAUAGUGUCAUUUUUGCCAUUCAGAGCAAGACAGCUUUCCAGGAAAACCAAGUAAAAAUAUCAUGAUAGGGAAGCCAGUGGUUCAGGUUCCAAGAUUAUUGCACAGGGAUAGAAAUUUAUUGCAAAUAAAGCUAUUUCCUUCUGUUACGCUCCCCCUCAUAAUGACAGUAUUUUAUUUAUUUUAAACACAUGUGCAUAUAAUUGGUUUUAAUUCCUCAAAUUUGUAGCACCAGAAUGUAAUGAUAGGAACAGAGUUUACUUCGUUCACUGUUUCUUGAGUAAGUUGGAAGAUGCCCACUCCUGCUUUUGAGAUGCACUGAGUAAAAAGGCAGCUUGCAGAAACUUCUGUUGCUUCCCCAGCCCCCCAACUCCCCCAGAAGUACAAAAACAUCGAAGUGCCUUAUGAAAACAGGGAAGAGUGGUA